CGCUUUUCCGCACUUAACGUUUUUGCAAUGUCUGGACGUGGCAAGCAAGGAGGGAAAGCUAGAGCUAAGGCUAAAACACGUUCGUCUCGGGCCGGCCUCCAGUUCCCAGUAGGACGAGUCCAUCGCCUUCUUCGCAAGGGAAACUACUCAGAACGUGUAGGAGCCGGUGCUCCUGUGUACCUCGCAGCAGUGCUGGAGUACCUCACCGCCGAGAUCCUGGAACUCGCGGGCAACGCUGCGCGUGACAACAAGAAGACCCGUAUUAUACCACGCCACUUGCAGCUAGCUAUCCGUAACGAUGAGGAACUUAACAAGCUUCUUGGUCGUGUGACAAUUGCGCAGGGCGGUGUCCUUCCCAAUAUUCAGGCCGUUCUGCUGCCAAAGAAGACCGAGAGUCAUCACAAAGCUAAGGGCAAGUAAAGCUGCUAACCAGCCCUCGAUG